CACGGCUAUCUUUUGAUUUGAAAAAGAAGAAGUCACUAAUGCGAAACAGAGGAAGAAGGACGAACAAGGCAUGGCAAAGAUGACCAGGUGCUCACCUGCAACGAGACUGGCGUUCCGAGAACUCGUGCUCCCUCUCUUGGGAGGCUGCAUACUGGGCAUGAGCAUGGGCUUCUUCGUGCUCUCUGCUUUCCGGCUGAGGCCGUCUCUCGCUGCUGUCAAGUCUGCAACCUACGCACAGCUCGAACAGAUGACGGACCUUCAGGAACUUGCGAAGACACUCAGGAAUCAGACCAUAAUACGGACCAUACAAAAAGGGGCGGCGACAAUACCAGAAGGACCUAACAUUGCCUGCGUCGUCUACACAUUUCAAGACGUUCGUGGAGCAACGACCGAGAACACGUGGGGUCGUCGUUGCGAUCGACUGCUCUUUCUUAAGAGCGAAGGUGCUUCGAAUAAACGAGCCGUCGGAUUUAAGACCCCGACGAAGCUGAAGUUGCUGGGUGAGAUCUUCCGAUACGCCCACCAGCGUUUGGAGGACAAGGAUCGUUGGAUUAUCUAUGCCACUGCAACUUCCUACUUUAUUCUCGAGAACCUCAGGUACCUCGUACAAGAUAUAGACUCUCGGAAUGCCUACUACAUGGGCCACAUGAACGUGACAUCGAAAGGCCUGCGCCUUGGGGACGACUCCGUUUUCGUCCUCAGCCGUGGAGCACUCGAUCGCAUGGUCCGAGGGGAAUGCAUGGACAAGGAGACAACUCUUAUGCAUUGUCUCCGCGCAGCCCAAGUCCAGCUAAUUGACAGCAGGGACCCACACGGAUGCCAGCGCUUUUUUGCGGAAGAUCUCCCGACAGCUAAUCUCUCCGCCUAUGGGCUGAAUUGCCUGAGUGACACACCCAUAGCGUUCAUCAAGCCUGGCAUAACUGCUUUUGCACUCUUAGAAGCUGUUGGACGGUACAUCUAUCCUUACGGUAUACGUGGUUACCUCAAUACAGCGGAGGCACAUGACAACAGCACGUGUUCUGUAUGAUGUGGCAGAGAGCUGAGGCACAGAGACUAAGCCAGACACGUUCCACCACAGAACACAACUCGUUGUUUUUCCUCCAAGCAACUGUGCUGUAUGUGACUUGUACUAUGAAGAUAUCUAAUA